CAGAUAGAUUCAGUAGCCGUUACAGAAAUCAAUUCAAACCACACCUUCAAUUCCCACCUGCCGACUGCGAAGCGACUGAGUACUGCGAUCGAGAGGGUUUGGAUUCAGUAGGAGCUGGUAAUGGCGUCAUUGACACCGGAUUUUCGGAAGGUAGGGAUGAGUAUAGCGCCGUCACCGUCGCCGUUCCUCACGCCGCGGCCGGAGAGGCGGCGGACGGAGUCGCGAGGCUUGGAUUGGAACGCAAAUCGGCCGGAGAAGGAUAAAGAGAUCAAUAUCCAGGUUUUGCUUCGAUGCAGGCCAUUAUCUGAUGACGAACAACGAUUGAAUGUGCCGAAAGUAAUCUCUUGUAACGAGAACCGAAGAGAAGUCACCGUUAUGCAAUCGAUUGCUAGCAAGCAAGUGGAUCGAGUUUUCACCUUUGAUAGGGUUUUUGGUCCGAAAGCGCAGCAAAGAUCUAUAUAUGAUCAAGCUAUUUCACCCAUUGUUAAUGAAGUAUUAGAAGGUUUCAACUGCACAGUUUUUGCUUAUGGCCAAACUGGAACUGGUAAAACAUACACAAUGGAAGGAGGGAUGAGAAAUAAGAGUGGUGAAUUGCCUGCUGAGGCUGGUAUUAUUCCUAGAGCAGUUCGCCAAAUCUUCGACACCCUAGAAGCUCAAAAUGCUGAUUACAGUAUGAAAGUGACCUUCUCUGAACUAUAUAAUGAGGAAAUUACAGACUUGCUAGCUCCAGAAGAUCAUUUAAAAUUGACAGAAGAUAGACCUAAGAAGCCGAUUUGUUUGAUGGAGGAUGGGAAGGGUUCUGUGAUUGUUAGAGGUCUUGAAGAGGAAGUUGUGUACAGUGCAAAUGAUAUAUAUAGCCUUUUGGAACGAGGUGCUGCUCGAAGACGGACGGCAGACACCUUGUUGAAUAAAAGGAGCAGUCGAUCUCAUUCUAUAUUUACCAUAUGUGUUCACAUUAAAGAAGGCGUUGUCGGAGAUGAGGAGCUCAUCAAAUGUGGCAAGCUUAACCUUGUUGAUUUGGCAGGAUCAGAGAACAUAUAUCGGUCGGGUGCUCGUGAGGCUCGAGCAAGGGAAGCAGGAGAAAUAAAUAAGAGCUUAUUAACCUUGGGUAGAGUCAUUAAUGCAUUGGUGGAGCAUUCAGUCCAUAUACCUUACAGGGAUAGCAAGCUUACGAGGCUUCUAAGAGAUUCAUUGGGUGGGAAAACAAAGACUUGUAUCAUUGCCACAAUCUCUCCAUUGGCAAAUUGUUUGGAUGAAACUUUAAGCACGUUGGACUAUGCAUAUCGUGCUAAAAGCAUAAAAAACAAACCUGAGGCAAACCAAAAAGUGACCAAAGCUAUGCUGCUUAAGGAUAUAUACAUGGAAAUGGAGAGAAUGAAGCAAGAUAUUCGAGCGGCUAGGGAAAAGAAUGGUGUUUAUAUCCCCCAAGAGAGAUUCCUGCAGGAUGAAGCUGAAAAGAAGGCACAAAGUGAAAGGAUAGAGCAAUUAGAGAGUGAGCUCAGUGUGAAUGAAAAGCAACUUGAUCGAUAUCGUGAACUAUAUGUUACUGAACAAGAAGAGAAACUGCACGUUGAAAGUGAGCUUAAACACUGCAAGGAAAAUCUACAAACAACGCGUAAGAGCUUAGAAGAGUUACAAGAUGAUUAUAAAACAGCUCUCUCAUUGCUGAAGGAAAAGGAAUCCACCAUUUCGAAGUUACAGGAUUCCGAGAAUAAUCUAGUCGAUUGUGCCAAAAAAUUAAGAGUCGACUUACAUGAUGCAUCGGAGGAUCUCUCAGCUCUUUUUGGGAAGAUCGAUCGUAAGGAUCGAGUCGAAAAGGAGAAUCAAAAUAUUCUACAUUCAUUUGGAGCACAGCUUGACCACAGUUUGAAAGACUUGAACAAGAUCAUUCAUGGUUCUUUAUCCGAGCAAGAACAACAACUCAGAUGUGUCGAGGAUUGUGUCACCAAAUAUCUCUCUGCUAAAUAUGAAUCGAAUGAAGCUAUGGAAGCGAAAGUUAAUAAAUUGUCGGAGACGUAUGCUUCAGGAGCCUCGAACAUGAAGCAGCUUAUCGAUGCACUCCAGAAGAAAACCUCUUCUGACCUCGAGCAAACGACGUCCAUGGCUUCCGAUCAACUUACCUCAGUUGAGAAUUUCUUGAAAGAUGCAUCCAUUGAUGCCAAGGAAAUCAUUUCGGAUAUUCAGAACUCCCUCGACGAACAACGGCAGCUAUUGGCAUUCUCCGCCAAACAACAAGCCGAGGGGCUACGUCGUAGUUUAGCCUCAGCCAAGGCUAUAUCGCAUGCAGCCAUCGAUUUUUCCAAUGACCUCCGAACACGAGCUUUCAAGCUCAUACAGCUUCUCGAGCAAAACCAAAUCGAGAAGUCCAACAGAUUUCAUACAUUCGAGGAGAAAUUUAAGAAUGAAGCUCUCAAAGAAGAAAAACUAGCAAUGGAUAAAAUAGCAGUGAUAUUGUCGACUCUAACCUCCAUGAAAACAGACAUGGUAUCGAAAGCUUCGAAAAGCUUGGAGGACUCCUGCAUUCAAGAAAGCCAGUCAGUGAUGCUGGAAUUGUCGAACAUACGCGAAGUUCUAGCUUCAGAAACGAUGGAGCUAAAUGAUUACAUGGAGAAGGCCAAAGAUCGCUAUGUCGAGGAUACAUUCUCGUCGACUGAAUGCAGAGCUGCACUAGAAAACACCUUACAAGAAUGUGCAGGAAAGGUCGAGCUGUCCGGACGAAAAUGGCAAGAUGCGCAAUCAGGUGUGAGCCGUAUCACGAACAACGGUCUGAACGACUUCGAAUCCGCUGCUAGGUCGAAAACACUUGAGACUCGAUCGAUGCACGACAACCUUCGUUCGAUGUGCUCGUCGAUGGGCGAGGAAUUUGAUUUUCGCGUAAACGAGUUGUCGGGAUUGAUCAAAGAUACAUUCAAAUUGGACAAAGCGAACAAGAAGGAAAUAUGCUCGAUAACGACGGAAAGCGUCGAUCAGCUCGAUUCGAUAAAAUCGAUCCACAAUGAACGUGUAUCGGAUAUUCGCAGCAGAUCCGAGCAAUGCAUCCACAAGGAUUAUUUGGUCGAGCAGCGAACAAACACGACUCCUAAGAAACGAUCCAUCGCGAUUCCGAGCUUGCAAUCGAUCGAGGAGAUGAGGACAACGAUUAUACGAUCGAAAUUGUGUGACACCGAAAACAAGAUUCAUGACCGGAAAAGAAAUCCUUUUCAGCUUGUUAACGGGAGCGUAGCAUUGUGAUCGAAAAUCGAACCCGAUGAGCGCGCAACGUCUUCUCCGAGUAACCGGGUAAUGAAAUUGUUUGAUAGCUUGAUCGAUCGAUCUUGUUCUUCUUCAUCGUUAAACUUCUAGUAUGAUUUACAUGUUUACGCUCGAUAUAAUGUUUCAUAUAUAUAUAUAUAGGUUUCCCGCUUAAUAAUUUAAAUUAUUCGAGUUUGGAGUAGAGGUUUUAUAGAUGGUUUAGUAUUUAAUUC